AUGGACGUCCGGUACAACUUUCUUAAUACACUAGAUCAUUAUCCAUGCGAGCUGAUACGAACAUUAUGGACUUUACAAUCGCUCGACCUACAGCAAUCAGAGCCCAAUGUGCCUGAAGAACGCCGAAAAUGGUUAGCUAUGCAAAUGUCAACACAAGCUGAGCUCUUAGAACAGCUAACCGAGGAACGAAUAAAAGCACUACAAAGUCAUAGGGAGGAUUUGGUUCAAUUACAAGGUAUUAGAAAGAGAUGUAAAGUAGUACGAAAGAGACAACGAAAUCAAGCAGUGAAAGAGAAGGCCAACAAGCUCACCAUCAAGUUGAAUUUGAAGCCGAAAGGUCAUACACAACCAGCAAGGGUUCAAAAUGUCAAAAGCAUAGAGGAGGAACCAGAAGAAAAAUACUGUUUCUGUAAUAACGUAUCUUAUGGAGCUAUGAUCGCUUGCGAUAACGAUAAUUGUCCAUUAGAAUGGUUUCACUACGGAUGUGUUGGAAUGAAUAAGCCACCUAAUGGCAAAUGGUACUGUAGCACCCAGUGUCGCGAACAAGCAAAGAAGAGAAAAUGA